GUGAAGGAUAAACAAGGUAUUACUAUCAUUCCACUGUCCUGUCCUCCGCUUGAAAAUCAUUCAUGGAUAACAUUCAGCUGCUACGUGUACUGAUGCUGUGCCAGCUGGCUGUCCACCUGUGCCUGGCGAUACCACUGCAGAGCCAGUGUAUCGACGAGUCAAUCUGUACUUACAGUUUGCAGGAUUACUACAGCCAGAUGGUCAACAUGCCCAGUCACAUCAAUGAGCGCAGUAUUGCCCCCUGGAUUUAUGUUGAGAACAUCGACUUGAACCGGGUACCUCAAGUUAUACACGAAGCCAGCUGCCACACAAGCCAUUCCUGCAGAGGUCUUGACAAUGCUUUCGGUCUAGAGACCAUACCUUUAUCCCUGAGGAUGCCUGUCCUCAAGAAGAACCCCAGUUGCUUCCCAACAGGAAGCUACUCCCUGGAGUUUGAACUCAUCACCAUAGCAUGUAUAUGUGCUAUUUCCAGACACAGCUAAGCAGACACUUUAGCAAAGGAAAUUGUUGGCUGUGAUGCAUGUGUCGGCUGACGACUCAGGAAGGCCAGUGUCCUGAUUUUAUUUGAA